AUGGCGGAGGUGACAGAAGGAGCAGUGGCAGUAUAAACACAGUGCCGAUGCAGUAAUGGUGGAUCUGAGGGGGAGGUUAAGAGGGGCAGAGGAACUGAGGAAUAUUCAGAAACACUAAUCAGCAGCGUUAGGGGUGAAACAGUGAAGCUGUGACGAUGAGGGGGACCGGUUCGGGGGGCUGUGGGAUGCGGUGCUCGAUGGGCUUUCUGUCCCGCAGAGAGCUGUUCGGAUCCCCGCUGCUCACUCAGGACUUCCAGCGCAGGAGACUGGGGGGCUGCAGCAGCCUCUUCCGCUCCGACCUGCUUGCACACUACGGCUGUGUUAAUGCCAUCGAGUUCUCCAACAACGGGGGGCAGUGGCUCGUCUCAGGUGGAGAUGAUCGACGUGUGCUGCUGUGGCACAUGGAGAAAGCCAUCCAGACCCGCACCAAACCUGUCAAACUGAAGGGAGAACAUCUGUCCAACAUCUUCUGUCUGGCCUUCGACAGCACUAACACCCGUGUCUUCUCUGGAGGGAAUGAUGAGCAGGUAAUCCUACAUGAUGUUGAGCGUGGUGACACCCUGAACGUGUUUCUCCAUGAUGAUGCUGUGUAUGGUCUCUCUGUCAGUCCUGUUAACGAUAACGUGUUUGCCAGCUCAUCAGAUGAUGGCCGGGUUCUCAUCUGGGACACACGAGAGCCCCCACACGGAGAACCAUUCUGCCUGGCAAAUUACCCAUCUGCAUUCCACAGUGUGAUGUUUAACCCGGUGGAACCGCGGUUACUUGCCACUGCCAACUCUAAAGAGGGCGUGGGCUUGUGGGACAUCCGUAAACCAGGCAGUUCUCUCUUGCGGUAUGGAGGUUCUCUGUCUCUGCAGAGUGCUAUGAGUGUACGCUUUAACAGUGCUGGUACUCAGUUGUUGGCGCUGCGGCGGCGUUUACCCCCCGUCCUGUACGAGCUGCACUCCCGGCUGCCCAGCUUCCAAUUCGAUAAUCAGGGCUACUUCAACUCCUGCACCAUGAAGAGCUGCUGCUUUGCUGGAGACCAGGACCAGUACAUUCUGUCAGGUUCUGAUGAUUUCAAUCUGUACAUGUGGAAAAUCCCAAAAGACCCAGAAGCAGGGGGUCGGGUGGUGAAUGGAGCAUUCAUGGUGCUGAAGGGCCACCGUUCCAUUGUUAAUCAGGUCCGAUUUAACCCGUACACCUAUAUGAUCUGCUCCUCCGGCGUCGAGAAAGUCAUUAAGGUGUGGAGUCCGUAUCAGCAGACGGACUGUGAGGGGGAUUUGGAGGGCAGGGUGGAAGAUAAGUCACGCUCGCUCUACACCCACGAGGAGUACAUUAGCCUGGUGCUAAACAGUGGCAGUGGCCUGUCACAUGACUAUGUCAGCCAAUCAGAGCAGGAGGAUCCACGCAUGAUGGCCUUCUUUGAUUCGCUAGUACGGCGAGAGAUUGAGGGCUGGAGCUCCGACUCGGAUUCUGACCUGAGCGAGGGUGCAAUUAUGCAGCUGCAUGUUAGGGGGCGCAGCCAUAUCCGCUCCUCCAAUCACGCUGCCUCGGCAGAUCCACCGCCACCUACUGACGCCACGAAUGCUCACCAUAGUGACUCAGACCACUCGUCUUUAUCUUCUUCAUCCUCAUCUGUAUUAUCAGGCCCUGCAUCUGAUAAUGAGAGGGUGGAGCCUGAGGAGAUUGGGUCACAGCGUAUGAGGAGGGCGAGGUCAAGACGAGCGUUUUUGUUUGACAUUGCGAACGAGGACUCUGAUUCCAGUGGGCUCUGGGUGGACCCGUUGGUUCGCCCACGCUCUCCAAGCCCACGUGAAAACUCCAGUCUGAGUCAAACCUCCAGCCCCAGCUCCUCGCCCAGCUCCUCGUCUAGUUCCUCCUCCAAUAGCGAUGAAGACGAGGCGGAGCUUCAGAGAAGCAAUGUACGGCAGCGUAAUGCGGCCAGAAAAAGAAGCAACAUCCACUGGCCACACAAAGACUCUUCUCACUCGCUUGAAAGUGCCACAGAUUACAGCCGUUAUCCAAAAAUUUCAGUUAAUGAAUCAUCGUCUGCUUCUUCCUCUGGAGAAGAAAGCCAGCCAAUCAAGACCAGCAGUAAAAAUAAGAGGCGUGGCCUUGCAUCUAGCCCCGCCCCUGGUCCUUCGUCAGCUGCGCAUGGUAACAAGCUAAAGGUCAGAAGUCACUUCACUUCUUUAGGUCAUAACCCAGAAGUCAUGGAGAGGGCGGUGUCGAGAAUGGGUCUCAGGGUGGAUUCAGGGGCAGAGCUUGAGGCUGGAAAGAGCAGCGAUGAUGAAGCGGGUGUUAACGGAAACACAAGUGCUCACAAUGAGAACUGCGUAGUCUCAACUAUUCUGGAAACAUCACAAGAGGCGGGGCCGGACUCUGACUCAGCAGAAUCAAGGACCCAGCAAACCUUUGUUAGUGUGAAACGGACACGAUUGGGCUCUGACGAGGAGGAGGAGCCUCCAUCAGAAAAAAAGCUGAAAACGUGAUGUCACAGCACAAUCCAGCCUUCUGAUUGGCUGAUAGAUGGACUGGUCUUAAGUGGUUCAUUUAGUAAUCUGUGUGUUCCUGUCUUUGAUUAUUAAACAUGGUCGUGUUGAUAAAAAAGUAAUUUUUUUAGUAAAUAUACGUCAUGUUUUUGAGCUCCAGAAGGGAGCCCGUAUUAUUUUAUAAAUUAAAACACCAAGUUACCAGUUUAUCAGGUACAACUACUAUACAGACGUGAGUGAGCAUUGACUGCUAUAGUUUCAUAAAUAAAGCUCUGCUGUUUUGCAAAUGUGUGAAUUUAA